AUGGCUGGCGGUAACCCAGCAGGCGAGCCGUGUCCGUCCAUUGCCCGUCGCUUCUACGCAAAGAGCGCGGACGGGCUCCUCCCGUGCAGCCUCCGCUUUGUGGACCGCUUCCUGCGCUGGGAGUGCGGCCGCCACCUCCUCGGGCUCGGCCUCUUCCCCGACGCGAAGGAGAUCUCCGAGUCGGUCGCGUGCCUGCAGGCGGUGCUCGAGCACUGCGCACAGCACGCCUUCUCGCCCGCGAGCGGCGACACGCUCGUCGUCUGCGUCGGCGACGGCCGCACGCCGCGCACGGCGGCCCUGGAGCUGAGGCACGCCAACCUGCUCUCCCAGGAGGCGAGCGACGCAGCGCGCGCGCAGCGGGCGCGGCUGCGGACGGAGCUCCGCUCGAUCGCGCGGCUGCGGCUGCUGUCGUGCCGAGCCGAGGAGGCUGCUGUCUGGGUGGCUGCGCGCGUCACCUCGGUGGUUGUGAUGCUUCCGCACGCGCACGUCACGCCCGACGAGGCGCUCGGCUGCCUGCGCUUCGGCGGCGAGCGAGAGCGGGGGUCGGCCGUCCCGGCCAUUGCGGUGGUGCAGCUCCCUUGCUGCGGCUACGUCUGGCACGGCACCGCUCUGGGGCAGCCGCCCGACGUCGAGAGGCUGGACGGGCGGAUCUGCGCCGCAGCGCGGACGGUGCGGGUGUGGAGGGACGUGUCGGCGCACUUCAACUUUGGCGCCUCCGCGCGCGGGCUGGGCGCGAGGACCGCGGGAGGGUAG